AUGGCAGAGGAAUCCAAUCAGGUGUUUUACAAGUACCAAAACACGGGUGCGAAAACACUGCCAACCUCCAACAAUGAGCCGCUACCAACGCAAAUAAAGAUCGAAAACGUCACGCAAGAGAUGUAUUCCUGGGGGGCGAUAAGCCAAGUCUAUCUAAGCGCUGAGAGCCCCAGGUUGAAGAAAAAGAAGGAAUCUCGAUUCAGCGACGUUUCGUUGGUUUUGCGAAGAAUAGUCACUGAGAGCCAUGGCAAGUUCACGCAUGAAACAACGCAACUUGAAAUCCAGUCGGUGACGCUCCGAAAUGCUUUCAAAAGGCUCGCUGAGGGAUUCGUUAAUAUCAAUCUCCACGGGGAUCCAAUAACGAUACCGAACCCAUAUGUCGAACUCUAUCACUGUCGAAGGCAAUUGCAAGAAGCGAUUGACUGUGCCCCUAACGAAUCCAUCAGAGAGGAACUUGAGCUUUUACAACAGUUUCAAGAGGACCACAUGUCUCAAGACCUGAAAGAGCUCCAAACACUUGAAAGUAAUGGCUAUAUUACAGUCGCAUUUCUCCCCUUAAUAUUUGUUCCAGGAUCCCUAGUCUUGAUACCCAAUCGACUAGCCGGCUCUAAAGAGGUAUUCUGUGCUGCUGUUGUGGAAGUUUGCAAGUUGAUAGAAGAAAACCAAAAGAAAUUCUGGUACGUGAGACUUGCUUACACCAACUUCGACAACGUGCAGUUUGGUGCCACCUCUACGAAGGCUCAGUACCCUCAGUUCGACGAUGUGAAGCAUAUUCUGGAUCUUCCAGUAUUUCCUAUGAAAUACCACCCUAAUAGAGACCAAAUUUACCAGUCACUGCUUGAGCGUGGUUCCCGAUGCAAGCAGCUUCAUCUUGAAUCGAGCCCAUUUAUUGGACAUGGAAGCCGAGGAGCAUCUGGGACACAUUGGGAGUAUGACGGUCCAUUUUGGAGCAUAUUGUCAGGAGGAGGCUUGUCACCGGGAAGAUCUGAAACCGAAGAAGGUCGAUCUUGCAUCAACAUUUUUCAAGGCUUCCCAACAUCACUUUGCCAGGGCAAGAUUAUCAUUGAUCCCAAUAGCCUGAUCAAAGAGAACCCAGGUUGCCGAGAAGUAGUGCAGAAGGCCAAGUCAGGCCCAAUAUCGAUCAUGUGGAAGGCUGAAACAACGUCCUCUCAUGACUUGGAUACAUCAAAAUCCAAGCCUCCCUAUCAGCAAUUCUCAAACAACGAACAUCAGGCGAACUCGUUGACCGAUUUGCAACUUAUCACUAUGGCCCCUAUUCUUGCUGGAUUUUCAUUAACCAGAAGAUCUUGGGGUUUCUUCCUGGUUGAUAAUAUCGCUGAUAUUAGGUGGAACGAUGACUCCUAUGGCAACCUGCAGAUUGAUCAGAGUCGGAAGGAUAUCAUUUACGAAGUCGUAAAAGAGCAUCGAAAGGCACCUGUCGCGUUAGAUAACGUGGUGGCAGGCAAAGGGGCAGGUCUCAUCUUCCUUCUACAUGGCCCACCUGGCAGUGGUAAAACGAUGACAGCAGAAUGUGUAGCAGAAAGCUUACAUUGUCCUCUGUACCAUACCACCAUGGGAGAAUUAGGCCCCAACGUCAAGGCCAUAGAGGAACAACUCCAGAUCACCUUCACCCGCAUACAACAGUGGUCAGCAAUUCUGCUCUUUGAUGAAGCGGAUGCUUUCAUGGCGGAAAGAAGUGAAAACGAUCUUGAACGCAACGCGUUGGUAUCGGGUAUGCUUUAUUCUCGACUGUACCUUUCGAAGAGAUCCCAGGACUAA